UCAUAGAUACCGCUGUAUCUAAGUAAAGGUACCUGGGUACCUACCCAUGUAGCUUUAAUGUUUGGUUUGGCAGGCUAGGUUAACGUCCGAGAAACCGAUUAUCAACAAAUUCAUCAAUCACAGGACAUUUCUUGAUCCCACACGCUGUCGACAGUAAGCUGUGUCGGCCAUGGCAACGUCACAUUUUGGGCUGCUCGAUGAGCGUGAGGAAACAGAGCUACAUAAAACACGACUAUUAGCAGUUGAAGAGCGACCCUUCAAACGCCUGACCAAACGUCUAGUAGGUCCAGGUGCAUUCACAAACCCCAGCAAGCUACUCCCGUCUCCGCCUCCCGAGAGCAGUCAUGGCGAGGCUGUGGAAGCUAUAUCUUCUACGACAUCACCGUCAACUGCCGAUAUCACAACUCUGAAGGAAGACAUCACUCUUGACUUCGCCGCCUUCGACUCGUCCAUUGCCCGACUGCAAUUCCUUGCAACUGCCAACGCGGCUGAGCGGGAACAUUAUGCCGAGGCGCGGCUACGUAUUCUAAACACAAUGGAGUCGGUGCGCGAGGGCAAUGGACAAUUGCGCGUGCGUCUAGACGAGGCGCGGGCGACGCUUGCGCAGCGCCGGAAGUUCGACGAGCUCGCCGAUAAGAUCACCAGCAACCGCAUGCUACGGACGCGGGCAGAACAACAAAUCAAUCUAGCGAAGCUAGCUGAGGAGUGCGAUGAACUGCGCCGCGAGAGCGAGGCAUACGGUGACACGUGGCGUGAGCGUAGGGCGCAAUUUGAGCGGCUAGUCGACGAAGGACGGAGAUUACGUGCCCUGAUCCGCGACGAGAAGGAGGAGGUGGAGAGACGUGAGGGCAUGGAUUCUGAUGCCGAAGACGGAGAGGCAGCGCCCACGCCCGGAAAGGGCAUCGCUAGCGGAAACGCGACGCCGCACCCAGAGAACAGUGCCGCCCCAUCAGGUAAAAGAGAGGCGGGCAGCGGAACUCCCAGACCGGAGAGCAACAGAGAUGAGCGGACGCCCCGGCCUGAUAGUCCUGGUGCUGCAGCAGUAGGCGGCGAGAAAUCAAGGUUGGAUGUUAGUGGGAGUUUUUCGAGAUCUGGAAGCUUAGCUCCUAGCGUAACGGCGGCUAGUCAACAGCUCGAGGACAAAGGAGCGGAGAACGGCGAGGAUAUCGAUAUGAACGAGUUGACGACACAACGACAGAGUCAAGACGGGGAUACGCCGAUGGGUGAGGAAUCACAAAGCACAGUACAGAUCACGGUUGACGCCCCAACAAGCGUCAGCGAAGAUAAGAUGGACACAACCUGAGGAGGAUACGAGAUGGUAGUCGAGCGCACUGGUUCGUGGUGGCUGUACAAUAAAUAUUAUACCCGUAGCUCUAGUGCAGAGCUACAAAAAGAAUUUUGAUUGCAAGG